GCUUUUUGUGUUGACCCUGUCCUAAUUCAGUGUCAAUAGCAACUAUAUCAGUAGUAAAAGCAGUGAACUCUGGCUUGGUAACAUGGAACUGUUGGACAGGAGACUCUUCUUCUCCUGCCUUGUUGUUGGAAUCUUCGCUAUAAUUGUUAUACAAGGCAUAGAGGCUAAAGGUGGGCGCGGCGGCGGGCGCAGUAGCAGUAGCGGGAGAAAGUCGUGGAGUUCAUCUACGACCACAUACAGAUAUAACACCUAUUAUCACACCAGUGGCUACCAUAGCGGUUAUCACAACCGGGGCUUGGUGAGCGAUGACAUGCCCUGGUGGAAGUUGCUCCUCAUCAUCUUAUCCAUUUUCGGUAUUGGCUUUGGCAUCCUGCUGCUUUACUACUGCUUCAAGGCAUCUCACAUGCAUCUCAAUGACGAGCGGGCGGCUCAGGUGGCGAAUUACCUAAAGCACCAAGAGGAGCAGCGCAACAGCGGCUUACCCACCAUCGUGCACCCGCCCAUAAUCUACUCCGGCCAAGACGAUGGGCUGCUACGUCCAGCCCCGGCAGUGGCGCCUCCGCAGUACCCUGCUGGAUGGGCGACGUCGGACAUUCCCUCCUACCCACCACCGGACUUCCCGAGCGCCACCGCACCCCUCCUGCCACCCGACUUUGACUCACCGGAAGAUCAGCCAGUAGAUUCCUUGACGAAACCAACCUCCUCCACCGCACACACGACGCCACCACAGAUCGGCUUCAUUAUUCCGCCCCGAGAUCCAGGGAAUGCAAGUGUGCACUUUGGAGGACGGGCAGGACCUGAGUGAAGGUCAACAACAGCAGCUUCCUGAGAAAAAUAUGGAGCACACAGCGACAUAUGAAAGCAUUUAAUUUAUAUAGCAUUUAAUUAUGUAUGAGCAGUGUGUGCUAUAAUGCUUUUGAGAUAUAUUUUUCGUUCUGAUUUUCUAUAUUAAUGGAAACUGCAAGACAUAGGAUGUUUUCGUGUUUUAUGCGUAUGAAUAGGGGAUUUCUGGUACCUCUCUAUUCAGUCAACUCAUUUAGUUGUACUGUAAACACUCAUAACGUUUCUCUGGUAAAUUUGAGUUCUUUAUUACUCAAUGCCUUGGGAAAAAUGUGUUCAUCGCAAUGAAAUGAACAAACAUAAAUCAUACACAUUAUAUUUAAAAGGAAUUCUGGCACCAGAAAUGUGAUAAAAAAAUGACGUUUUCAAUUUUCCCGCUUAACAAUAAAAUGUGAACGAUAAAUUCAUCUUUCAAUCAGAUGAUUAAGAAAAACAAGCAACUGAAAAACUGCGUCUCGUAAAACUAUCUAAUUUUCUACACGAUAUUGAUAAUUCCAAUCUAUUGAGUUUUUGGCAUAGGCAGUAUCAUUGCGGAUCUCAUAUUGGCCUUAAGAAAAUUGCGUUACAAUAUAUAAAGAGACUGACUAGAGAGCAAAAAUAUGUGAAAUCCUUGCGUUUAACGUCACUCUCUGUAAAGAAAUCUCUGAACAACUUAAAAUAAUUGUGUUCACUACAAAAUUAAGAAGUCUUAAAGACUAUUAUAUUCUGCAUUUUUAUGAAAAUAGAAUACUACAAUUUAAAAAAAAAUACGAUUCCGCCCAAAACUGUUCCAAAUGAAUCAGGACCAGAGGAAGAUAUAACUUAUUAUAUGCUUUUUAUUAUUGGAUGAGGUGUUCCAUUAUAUCUGUAUAGUAGUAAGAAAAACAGAACAAGACGUUGUCUAUGUCUUUGCGCUUCGGUUCAUAAUAUAAAAUUGGGAGACUUCCUUUGUUAGAACAUAAACAAUCGAGUAUGGUAAAUAAUUAAGAGCUACAUUGAAACUUUGGAGAAAUGCAUGCAUUUUUCGCACUUGUAGAUUAAAUUAUAUCAACCUUUUUUUAUUUAGAAUUGAAGGAAUUAUACCAUGUUUUUGGUUUGGGAUACGUGAGAAAAAUACUGAAAAUGCUCUAUUAUACUUGUAGAGUGGUUUUUAAACAAAAACCCAUCAAUCUACUUAUACUUAGUUGUCGUUACUGUACCGUGUGCUAGCCCAAGCACGCACUAAUCUGUAUAAGAGUUUGGAAUGAUUGGAAAAUCCACGUUUAAAAGCUCUCUAAACAAAAGAAAACAUCAAAUGAUUUUGUAAGUUGUGAAAUUAUUUUUUUGACUCUAUUUUUCGAUUUUAAUAAUUUCAUUUUUGUCUGCAUCUAACGCUACUUUCGUGGAGGCAAAUAUAAAGAUCGACUGUUAAUUGUACCUCAAACGCUACUCGCUUUAGGGAAAAAACAAUUGUAAUAUUGUGCUAUAAUACGAUACAAAGGAUCCACAAUAAAAUUUAAGCAAUCAUUGGAUGUAAGUCAUUAGAGCUGGCCUUAAUCUAAUACUAUAAACUUUCAGAGAAUUCAUACAGCGAUGAAAAAUAAAGGAGCAAAAAACCAAAUGAAGUAAUAUAUAAGAUCUCUCUUUGGUUGAACAACCUUUCUAGGUGCUUCUAAAUGUUUAAGUAUAUAUCACUAUGUGUGUCGUGUAUCUAGUUUGAAAAACGAAUAAACACACCUUAGUAGAACAAACUAGAUAAAACGCUGAUUCAAUUUUCCACGUUAUUUUUCUAUGUGAUAACUGUUGUACUGUUGCCACUUCUGUGCAUGCUUGAUAGAGUGUACUAUAUUUACCAGACUUUUGCUUAUAAAAAUCAGCGCAAAAUUUUAA